AUGUUUACAUCAAUAGUUUGGGUAGCUUUAUUUGUUGGAAUAUUUACCUUAUUAAGGUUCAUCUUCAGUCCAUAUUUUACAUGGAAAAAACAAAUGAAAAAUCGCAGUAGCAUUAAAAAUUCUCGCAUUCACACUAAAAAUAAAACAUACACAUUCGAAGAAUACAGAAAGCUAAAUAAUGACUACUUCUUUUCAAUGGUCAUUCCUGCUUACAAUGAAGAAGCACGUAUAGCAAAAAUGCUUAAAGAGCAUAUAAAAUAUUUUGAAAACUACUCAGGCUUCUAAGGCAAGAAAUAUGAAGUAAUUAUAGUUAAUGAUUGCUCAAAAGACAAGACUUCAGAGAUAGCAAAAUCCUUCUUUACAUUUGAAGGCAAAGAUGUGGAUUUGAAGGUAGUUGAUUACUAGUAAAAUUUAGGAAAGGGUGGUGCAGUUAGAACAGGUAUGCUUUUAUCUUCAGGCUAAUACACUUUAAUGGUGGAUGCUGAUGGUGCAACAGACAUUAAUUGUUUUGAUAAAGUUUUUAAGAAGCUUUUAUAGAUCGAAAAGAAUGAAUUAGGUAUUGCAGUUGGAUCCCGUUCCCAUCUUGACAAGGAGUCUGUAGCUAAAAGAAAGUUUUACAGAAAAAUUUUAGCUUUUGUUUCAAACUUUAUUGUAUAAGUCAUUUGUGGAGUUAAGCUAAAUGAUACCUAAUGUGGAUUCAAGUUAUUCACUAGAAAGACAACUGAAAUCAUUUUUGGUGUAUAACAUUUAGAAAGAUGGGCUUUUGAUGUAGAAAUUUUAAUGAUUGGUAACCACUAUAAAAUGCCUAUUGCUGAAGUUCCAGUUAACUGGGAAGAUGUUGAUGGUUCACAUUUGAAUGUGAUUGAGGCUUCAGUUACAAUGGCCAGAGAUUUCUUAAUGGUUAGACUUCUUUAUUUAUUAGGUGUUUGGAAAUACAAUGAUUCAAUUUAUAAGAGUUGA